AUGGCUGUUCUAUCAGUAUAUAACUUCACAAAUCCAGUUACUUCAUCAGAACAACCUUCAAAGUGCUUCAGGCAUCAAAUGAUAUACAACCACUUACAAAUGACGACUUUCGUGUGUAUGUUACUCUGUGGGCGUAGAGAAAUGUGGGAGGCUGAUACACUUGUGGAACACAUAAAAUUCGACCAUGGAUACACAUCCAAGAGCCCUGUAGUAAUUAAUUUGCUUGAGAUAAUGGGAGAGUUCAAUCCAGAACAGCAAAGGGCAUUCUGUCAGUUUGUUACUGGUGCACCUCAGCUUCCUCCAGGUGGCUUGGCUGUCUUGAACCCUAAGUUGACCAUUGUCAGAAAGCUUCAAAGUUCCAACAACACUGCAUCAAAUGCUGCGGGUGGAGUGUCAGAAUCUGCAGAUGAUGAUUUGCCAAGUGUCAUGGCAUGUGCCAACUACCUCACGCUUCCUCCCUAUUCCACCAAGUUUUAUCUUGUUUCUGAUAUAGCCGUGAAAGAACUCAUUGCAGUUGCCACCAACAGAGAAGAUUCAAAAAGUGUUGUAGAGCUAACAAAUGGUUCUUCAGGUAUGCAAUACUCUAGAGGAUACUAA